AUGGCAUUAAAAUACACCUCAAAGCGUGCGCCUACCUGUUUGGCAAUGAUAUCAGCAAUUGUUCUCUAUGGACUUUCUGAAACCAUUUUUUUCCGCUUGUUGCACGAGCAAUUGCGGCUUCUCCCGAACUCGCAACUCUACAGAACACUUUUCGUGUCACCGCCUUUGCCAGAAUACCACCGUUUCUAUCUGUUUAACAUAACCAAUCCGGACCAAAUGGUACGCGGUGAACGGCCAAGAUUGAAACAAGUGGGCCCUUUUGUAUUCAGAGUGGAUACUGAAAUUAUGCACACACAAUUCUCAAAAGAACCGAGGCCCAGAACACUGGAAUACGGAUUUCGGAGUCAGUUUUAUUUUGAAAACCAGGGAUCUGCCAGUUCGUAUGAAGAGAAUAUAUUCAUCCCAAAUUUGAUUCACCAGGCAAAUGAAUGUGCUGCACCAGGCCGCCUCAUGUUUCAGUUGCUACAAUAUUCGAGAUAUCGCCCAAGAAAGGCGAGAUUGGUCGGAAUUGUUAGCAAUCGCCUCAAAGUCAAUUAUCCAGAUGCAGUGGUCAGUCUCACUCCGAAAGAAGCAUUAUGGGGGUACGAUGUUGUUGCCUUUGGAAAGAGGUUCAAACUUGGGUUGCUUAGUUCGACUUGGCCUAAUCGAGCAGCGGACCUGAGACGUCUUCAGGUGUUCGACAAUCGUUGUCUCAGAACCAUAGCUCGUCUCUGGAUCUCUUCCACCCUUCACGUGGUUGUGCGAAAAGAGCCCUUCGAGGAAGUCGGUCGACUGACAUACGCAGCCCGUGGCCAAGCCAACUCAACUAAAUUUCUCGUAUAUGAUAUUCUACAACUGAACGUAAAAAAUCUCUCAGCUGUAACACCUUUUCGGUGCCUGGCUGCCAUGCUACCCGAAGGGAGCACGAGGGCUGGGAUACUGCCAGGUUUCCCAAGCCUAGAGAGAGGAAGUCGAGAGGCAGAGUUUGGGUUCGAACCACAGACCAUCCGGUUAUUCAACUCUUCAGACAUCACUACCUACGUCGUUGACACCGGGGCGGAAGACGUACGCAGAACGGGCACCGUGCUGAGCAUCGACAGUCACAGACUGACGACAUAUUAUGAACACGAAGAGCCUAAUUUGGUGAGUGGCAAAGUCGGUUUUCAGACUGCGCCAAACGCAAAAGUUGGAGAUGUUUUAGAAAUCACAUCGAAAUCAAUGUGCCGAAAGAUUAGCUUUGUUGCAAAUUUGACGCGUCCCAGCAAAAAUCAUGAUGGCGUAAAGUUACUCAACUUUCGACUUCACCCCAUGGAUAGUACAACCAACUGGUCAGAACGUCAAUACUGCUUGAGGGAUGAUGCAUGUGUUCCCCAAGGCCUGAUCAGUUUGGACUGUCACAGAGAAGAAAUGCGUGGAAUUCGUUUGUACGUUUCUUUACCGUUAUUCCUGAGAGGUGAUCCACGUUUGAAAGAACGAUUUGAAUUCCUGGAUCCGGUUGAUUUGCGAGGACACGACACGGAGAUUAACGUGGAACCGCUCUUCGCCGGUUUGCUCGAAACGAAAAGGCGACUUUCCGAAGCUAAUUUGAUGGAGUGCACUUUGGCCAAGUUUUGUGAGCAUAAGCAAAGGUUCGAAUGCCUUUUGGAACAGGAUUCUUUCGCAAAUUUCACAGGAAGCAGUUCCAAAGGACAAAUGGGCCAUUCUAUUUCCCAAUACUCUGGUACUCACGAUAUCAGUUUUCGCAGACGUCUUGCGAUUGGUUCGGCUGCAAUCAAGCCAAGCCGUUCAGUCGAUACUGGAAUUCCAUUGGAUGACGAAAAAGUGGCUGAUUAUGACACCCUGGAGGCACUUCGAACCAGCGUUCUCAAGCCCUUUGAAUUACUUCAAAAUUGUCUGAAAGCUUUGACCGGGUUGUUCACCAUCACGACAGUGGUUUUGGCGAUCGCUGUUGUGUUCAUCCUCGUUGCCCGCAACCGAAGAAUCGUUUCGCCUGAGAUGACUAAUGCAGCCAAGUUUUCUCAGGACAACCUGUCCGAAACCUCAUCUUCUGAUCUCAGGGUUGACCGAAAGUAUUCAAAUGCGACUGUGUCAGAAACGAUUUAA